AAGUAUAUGAAUAUAAUGUUUCCAUCUUCAACGAACGCGCACAACUGUUCCUUCUGCAUUCACACUCAUUUUGACAAAGCAGGAUGGAAGCCAUUGUUCGGAUAGUCUUACAAAACUUAAACUCUUUUUCCCAAGAGGAGUUUGGAAUCAUUUGGAAUCUCAAAGAUGAUAUACAACGGAUGAAGAGGACAGUGUCUGCAAUAAAAGCUGUAUGCCAGGAUGCAGGGGCAAAGGCUAACAACCUUCAAGUUAGUAAUUGGUUGGAGGAGCUGAAAGAUGUACUCUAUGAUGCAGAUGACUUGCUAGAGGAUAUCUCUAUUAAAGUUUUGGAAAGAAAAGCGAUGGGUGGUAACAGCCUCUUAAGAGAGGUUAAGAUUUUCUUCUCCCACUCAAAUAAAAUUGUCUAUGGUUUUAAAUUGGGACAUGAAAUGAAAGAAAUCCGGAAGAGGCUAGAGGAUAUUGCUAAAAACAAGACUACAUUGCAAUUGACUGACUGCCCAAGGGAGACUCCAAUUGGAUGUACGGAGCAGAGACAAACUUACUCUUUUGUGCGUAAAGAUGAAGUCAUUGGGAGAGAGGAGGAAAAGAAACUUCUUACCAGUUAUUUACUACACCCCGAUGCAAGUGUGGCAGACAAUGUUUGUGUAGUUCCCAUAGUUGGGAUUGGAGGACUAGGUAAGACUACCCUUGCUCAACUUGUUUAUAAUGAUAAUGCUGUCCAACGCUAUUUUGAGGAAAAACUGUGGGUGUGUGUCUCGGAUGAAUUUGACAUAAAGAAAAUAGCUCAAAAGAUGAUUGGGGAUGACAAGAAUAGUGAGAUUGAGCAAGUACAACAGGAUCUCAGAAACAAAAUUCAGGGGAGGAAGUAUCUACUUGUGCUGGAUGAUGUGUGGAAUGAGGAUCGUGAGCUGUGGCUUAAACUGAAGAGCUUAGUCAUGGAAGGAGGUAAAGGGAGCAUCAUAAUAGUAACAACACGUAGUAGGACCGUGGCAAAAAUAAUGGCCACACAUCCUCCCAUUUUCUUAAAAGGUCUGGAUUUAGAAAGAUCUUUGAAGCUUUUCUCUCAUGUGGCUUUUGAUGGGGGGAAAGAACCAAAUGAUAGGGAGUUGUUAGCCAUUGGAAGGGAUAUUGUUAAAAAAUGUGCUGGGGUUCCCCUUGCCAUAAGAACUAUUGGCAGCCUCUUGUAUUCUCGAAACUUGGGCCGGAGUGAUUGGCUAUAUUUUAAGGAAGUUGAGUUUUCACAGAUAGAUCUGCAGAAGGAUAAGAUCUUUGCAAUCCUAAAACUGAGUUAUGACCAUCUUCCUUCAUUUUUGAAACAAUGUUUUGCUUACUGUUCAUUAUUUCCCAAAGGUUUUGAGUUUGACAAGAAAACACUCAUUCAAUUAUGGUUAGCUGAGGGGUUCAUUCGACCAUCAAAUGACAAUAGAUGUGAAGAAGAUGUUGGACAUGAGUACUUCAUGAAUUUGUUGUUAAUGUCACUUUUCCAAGAGGUGACUACAGAUGAUUAUGGUGACAUAAGUACUUGCAAAAUGCAUGACCUGAUACAUGAUCUAGCACAACUAGUGGUUGGAAAAGAAUAUGCCAUUUUUGAGGGGAAAAAAGAGAACCUCGGAAACAGAACACGUUAUUUAUCAUCUCGUACUUCGUUACAUUUUGCAAAGACAUCAUCUUCCUACAAGUUAAGGACAGUUAUUGUGCUUCAACAGCCACUUUAUGGAAGCAAAAAUUUGGACCCGUUACAUGUUCAUUUUCCUUUUCUUUUGAGCCUGAAGUGCUUACGGGUGUUAACAAUUUGUGGGUCGGAUAUUAUAAAAAUUCCAAAGAGCAUUAGAGAGUUGAAGCAUUUGAGAUAUCUUGAUCUUUCAAGGAAUCAUUUUCUAGUAAAUCUUCCCCCAGAUGUUACUAGCCUACAUAAUUUGCAAACUCUGAAACUUUCUCGAUGUUUAAAACUCAAAGAAUUACCCUCAGAUAUCAACAAAAGUCUUAGGCAUCUCGAAUUGAAUGAAUGUGAGGAAUUGACAUGUAUGCCCUGUGGGUUGGGACAGUUGACCCAUCUUCAAACAUUGACACAUUUUUUAUUGGGCCAUAAAAAUGAAAACGGUGAUAUAAGUGAAUUGAGUGGGCUAAACAGCCUUAAAGGGAAAUUAGUAAUUAAAUGGUUGGAUUCCCUGCGAGAUAAUGCUGAAGAGGUUGAGUCUGCAAAGGUACUUCUCGAGAAGAAACAUCUUCAAGAAUUGGAAUUAUGGUGGUGGCAUGAUGAGAAUGUGGAACCGCCACUACAGUGGGAGGAUCCUAUUGCAGAAGGGAGGAUCCUAUUCCAGAAGAGUGAUGAGAAGAUAUUACAAUGCCUGCAGCCACAUCACUCAAUUAAAAGACUAGUAAUAAAUGGAUAUUGUGGCGAAAGUUUACCAGACUGGGUAGGGAAUCUCUCGUCACUCUUGAGUCUUGAAAUCAGCAAUUGCUCUGGUUUGAAAUCACUACCUGAAGGAAUUUGUAAACUAAAAUCUUUACAGCAACUCUGCGUAUAUAACUGCUCACUGUUAGAAAGAAGAUAUAGAAGAAUAAGUGGUGAAGACUGGCCGAAAAUAGCUCAUAUCCCAAAAGUUAUGGUGUCUGCGUAUACGCCAUCUGCUCUCAAGUAUAUUAAUUGAGUCGAGAUCUUGGUGCUACACCUAUCCAUUUUACAUGAAUAUUAUCAAUUGCAUGUCCUCUGGCCUCCAUAAUCUAUGCACUCGGAUUCCCAGAGAGCUUAAAAAUUCACCCCCAUCAUUUGACUUGCUUGCACUUAUUCAGCCUCAUUCAGUGUCCAUUCUUCUCUUGCCUCAAGCUUCACUUCCGUAUUCUGCAAGUGACUUAUUUUGUGAUGAAUAUGCAGAAGGCAGCCACCAAUUUUUUGUGUCAAUCACCAUUUUCUAGCAAAGUUGAUGGUUCAUAUCAGUUGUGGAGGUUUUGAUGGUUGUUUGUUAGAUUCAAAAACAAAGCCAAAAGGAAGGGCAAAAUGGUAUCUUCACAAAGGUUUCCGACCCUAAAUUCGCCCAAGCAAGUUGGAUGUAACUUCAGCCCUAAGCAAGCAACUCGCUUGGGCAAGUGGAUGCCUUCACCAUUAAGCCACAAUUCGCCUAGGCGAGCUGCAGCUUGCCUUGGCUAAUUUCCCUGCAAGCUAUCUUCUAUAAAUAGCCAUGCAUUGUUGAGAAGAAAUAUGAUCCAACAGCCUUCAAAUCCAGAAAGAAACCCAGAGAAAGAGUGAAGAAGAAGGAGAAAAGGAAAAGUGGAGCCGAGGCGCUGCAGAGUCGUGAUCGUGGAUCACUUCCUUCGUCAUUUGUCUUGUUAGUCUUGUGCUCUACGUAAUGAUCAGUUAGUUUUUCGUAAGGAUUGGAUGUAAUCUUUGUACCCUUAUGUAUCCUUUUUGAUAUUAUAUAUUGUUGGAUCGAGUGGCCUCAGAAUAAUUAAGAAGGGGGAGUUGAA